GUAUCAAGAGCUGUGACUUCCAGGCAGCAAGAAACAAUGAGGAGCACCACACCAGAGCCAUCAGCUCCCAGCGACUCAUUGUGAGGAGGGGGCAGCCCUUCACCAUCAUCCUGCACUUCCGUGUUCCUGUCCGUGCGUUUCUCCCUGCUCUGAAGAAGGUGAACCUCGUUGCACAAACUGGAGAGCAGCCUUCCAAGGACAACAGGACCCAAGCCACAUUCCCGAUUUCCAGUCUGGGGGACACAAAGUGGUGGAGUGCAGUGGUGAUGGAGAGAGACACCCAGUCCUGUACCAUCUCUGUGACCACACCCGUGGAUGCUGUCAUUGGCCACUACUCACUGCUGCUGCAGGUCUCCAGCAAGAGGCAACACCUCCUGGGCCAGUUCACGCUGCUCUUCAACCCCUGGGGUAGAGAGGAUGCUGUGUUCCUGGGGAAUGAGGCCCAGCGCAGGGAGUACUUGUUGAACCAGAACGGUCUCAUCUACCUCGGCACGGCUGACUGCAUCCAGGCAGAGUCCUGGGACUUUGGCCAGUUCGAGGGAGAUGUCAUGGACCUUAGCCUGGGCUUGCUGAGUGUGGACAAGCAGGUGGCAGAGUGGAGCCAGCCUGUGCACGUGGCCCGUGUGGUGGGCGCCUUGCUGCGAACUCUCAAGGAGAAGUGUGUCCUGCCCACACCGCAGAGCCAGGACGCCCAGGAACGGGCCUUGCUGAACAAGCGCCGGGGCAGCGUGCCCAUCCUGCGGCAGUGGCUGACGGGCCGAGGGCGGCCUGUGUACGAUGGUCAGGCAUGGGUGCUGGCCGCUGUUGCUUGCACAGUGCUGCGGUGCCUGGGAGUCCCCGCGCGCGUGGUGACAACGUUCGGCUCGGCCCAGGGCACGGGUGGGGACCUGUUGGUGGACGAGUACUACAAUGAGGAGGGGCUGCAGAACGGAGAAGGCCAGAGAGGCGGAAUCUGGAUCUUCCAGACUGCCACAGAGUGUUGGAUGACCCGGCCUGCUCUGCCCCGGGCGUAUGACGGAUGGCAAAUUCUGCACCCAAGUGCUCCCAGUGGAGAAGUCCCUGGGUUCUGUGAUCUGGUCCCAGUCAGAGCAGUCAAGGAGGGGACACUGGGGCUGACCCCUGCAGUGCCAGACCUUUUUGCCGCGGUAAACGCCUCAUGUGUGGUCUGGAAGUGCUGUGAAGACGGGACACUGGAGCUGACUGACUCCAACACAAAGUAUGUUGGCAACAACAUCAGCACCAAGGGUGUGGGCGGUGACCGCUGCGAGGACAUCACUCAGAACUACAAGUAUCCUGAAGGAUCUCUGCAAGAAAAAGAGGUGUUGGAGAGAGUCCAGAAAGAGAGAAUGAAACAUGGGAAAGACAAUGACAUCCAUCUUCCCCAUCCCGAGAGUGCUGAUCCUUUGUACCUAUUCUUGGAAGCACCCAGCUCUCUACCCCUGAGAGGAGAUGCUCAGCUCUCAGUGAUCCUGGUUAACCCCAGUGACCAGGAGAAGGUGGUGCGGCUGGCAAUUGCAGUCCAGGCCGUGCACUACAAUGGCGUCCUUGCUGCCAAGCUCUGGAGGGAGAAGCUGUCCCUCACGCUCAGUGCCAACCUAGUUAAGAGAAUAACCACCAGCCUGUCCUUCUCCUAUUUUGAGCAAAACCCACCUGAGAACAGCUUCCUCAGACUCACCGCCGUGGCAACGCACUCUGAGUCCUGCCUUAGCUGCUUUGCUCAGGAAGACAUUGCCAUUUGUAAACCACGCCUUGCCAUCGAGAUGCCAGAGAAAGCAGAGCAGUAUCAACCUCUUAAGGCCUCAGUCAGCAUCCACAAUUCCCUGGAUGCCCCCAUGAAGGACUGUGUGAUCUCCAUCCGUGGAAAAGGGCUCAUUUACAGAGACAGGAGCUACAGACUAGGUUCAGUGCGGCCUGGAAACACCGUGUGCACCCAGUUCCAGUUCACGCCGACACACGUGGGAUUCCAGAGGCUCACUGUGGAAGUGGACUGCAACAUGUUUCAGAACCUAACCAACUAUAGAAGUGUCACUGUGGUAGCCCCUGAACUUCCAGCUCUACCAUCACUCUCCCAAAUCAACCCUUGAAGUUACAAUCUAAAACCAAACAUGGGCUAGAAAGAGAAA